AUGUUUCGCCAAAGGACAAGUUCACAAAAGCCUGGAGAUGAAUUGCUUGCCAAUUUCCGACAACAGUUUCCUGAGAUCACAUCGGUAGCCUCGUCUUCGGUGGCAGGAGUGCCGGCGCCAAAUACUGUAACUGCUGACAACUCGGUUCUUGUUCCGCCGGGCCAGGAACAACAUCAAAGCACAAGUCAUGAUGUGUUUCGAGAUCAGGAUCCUACACCGCGGGCUUCGGGUGCGGAAUGGAGGUUUACCCCUUCGUUGCUAGAUCCCAAUUCUUUCUCCUUCAGCACAUUUGCAAACCAACCGCCAGGUUAUUACACACCUACACCCGGCGGUACCAAUACGAUUUACCACCCGCAAGCAGGCGACCUGCAUACGCCAUCAUUGGGUUUAGGGAUGGGACUCGGAACCCCAUUGUCGCUUCCUACUACUGAAGGCGCCAUACAGGCUGGACCAGCUCUAAUGGAUCUCACUCAGUUUCAUCACGGCAUACCGCCGCAUCAAUUCCCACAGCCUUACAACCCGUUUAUCCAAGCGACUCCUCCCCAACCUUCGUUCGCACCUUCAUCAUUUGUACACCAGGAUACCGGCUACGAGACGAUGGACCACGACGGGUCGCCUCUCGAUUCUGAUAGUCACGAGGAUCAUAUAGGUUCAAUGGGUGCGACAUUCCACUCACAGUCGCCACCUAACAUGAUUAGUUUCCAGCAUAGACAAUUUGGCGCCCCCAUGACUCACUUGCUGCCACCUUCGGCCGACAAGUUCCGUUUCCACUCGACUCUGAACGCUCCGACGGCGAUGAUAAAACACACGGAUGAGAUUCCGGUGACGUACCUGAAUAAGGGACAAGCUUACUCGCUGGCAGUAAUCGAUACCACGGCAAGUAUGCCUAUUAUACCUGGCACAAAAUAUCGAACGUUCGUACGCAUCUCAUUCGAAGACGAUCAACAACGACAAAAGCCUGGCGUCUGCUGGAGCUUAUGGAAAGAAGGUCGAGGGACUAAUGAGGCUCAUCAGCGGGGCGGGAAGCUGCAGGCAGUCGAGUAUGUUGAGGCCGGGCAACCAGCUGAGGGUGAUGAUAAGCGAACCCGUAUCGAACUUGAGACGGCUUCCUUUGAUGGGUUCUCAGUCGUCUGGACUCCAGGUGUUAAUGGUGUCGCGGAGUGCAAUAUCGCGGUCCGCUUCAACUUCCUCUCGACGGACUUUAGUCAUUCUAAGGGUGUCAAAGGCAUUCCAGUAAGGCUAUGUGCCAAGACGAGCAUUUUAUCAGCGGCCGACUCGCCCCCCUUGUCAGACCCGACGUCUGAAAUCUGCUACUGCAAAGUAAAGCUAUUUAGGGACCACGGAGCAGAAAGAAAACUUUCAAAUGACGUUGCGCAUGUUAAAAAGACGAUUGACAAACUCAAGCAACAGAUUUCUCAAGCAGAAAGCGGAGCGAAAGAUUUCGGAAAACGCAAACGAGGUGGUGGCUCACACGUUAAGGGCCAAGAUCACCAACGUCCAGGGAAAGCCCCGAAGCAUAAAAGAACCUGGUCAAUGUCAUCAGCUAGCUCCGCGGGCGGAGGCGGUGGUAACGCACGACCCUCGCUUGAAGAUGACUUACACUUCAAACUCCAAACACUACAGGAUAUGUUCACAAGCACGCGACCUGUGAGCAUCUUGUACUUGCGCGGUGAUGAUUUAGACGAUCCAGACUUACACCCGGUAAGCCUCCCCGGAGAACCAACCGACCUUACCAAAGUCGGCCCCAAAGACGCCGCUGCGUGGCAAAUCAGAAGCGCGCGAAGUUCGAUAGCCGGCUCUUCACUCGUCUCUCCUUCCCCUAGUUCUAUGUCUUUACAUUCACAAUCGGCCAAUACCACUCAAUGGACCGAUUUCCCAAGUAGUGGGGAGCCAUCAGCUUCCAGAAGAGCGUCUGAGAUGCCAGUAAAGGUACCUAAAACAGAUGACGAAGGGAAUUUGAGUGGUUGGAUAGAAGCACUUGGAGUCGAUCCAACAUACAAGCCACCGACCGAGAGGCCUGUGAAGCCAAUCGCCUGUUUCUACGUCGCCAGACGGCAUCGACCCGAGCCCGAGAGACGUGAACUUCACCGAGCGAUAUACCUAACCCAGAGAACAGUAUCGGAGUUUGUGUCGCGAAUUUCAGCUAAGUGGACUCUCGAUCCCUCAUCUAUUGUGCGGGUUGUCCGUGUCCUCGAGAGUGGGUUGGAAGUAGAAGUAGAUGACGACAUGAUCCAGGCUGUUUCCGAAGGCCAGGAUAUGACGCUUGACGUUGCCGAGGUCGAUCGAAGCGUACCUCAGCCCAAGCGAGAAUGGGAGAUGAUGGCUGUCGAUGCCCCUGAUGGUGAUAGAGCCUCUACACACAGCGCGUUUCGUACAACAACAGGCUAUGAACUGCGACUUACUUUUUAA